AUGGGUGUCACCUUCGACAAGUGCGAUACCCGCCCGGCCAACAUCGAUGCCAUCCUCAGCGGCCUCGACCGUUACAACCCCGAGACCACCACCGUCUUCCAGGACUAUGUCGCCCAACAGUGCGAGGACCGGACCUUCGACUGCUACGCCAACCUGGCCCUGCUGAAGCUCUACCAGUUCAACCCCCACCUCCUCCAGGCGGAGCCCGUCACCAACAUCCUCGUCAAGGCCCUGACCGUCUUCCCCUCUCCCGCCUUCUCUCUCUGCCUUGCCCUGCUCCCCGCCCACACCCAGCCCUUCCAGUCCUCCGACGCCGAGGACUCCUCCGACUUCGUCGAGUCCAUCCAGAAGCUCGCCCUUCUCUCCACCCUCCUCGAGUCCGCCCAGUACACCCAGUUCUGGUCGACCCUGAACUCUGACGACCUGUACGCCGACCUGGUUGCCGACGUCGCCGGCUUCGAGGAGCUCAUCCGCAUCCGCAUCGCCGUCGAGGUGGGCAAGGCCUUCCGUGAGAUCCCCGCCGAGGUCCUGGAGCAGUGGCUCGACCUGCGCAGCCGCGAGGCCCUCGAGAAGUUCGUCGUCGAGGUCUGCAGCUGGGAGGUCGACAAGACCGGCGCCACCGGCACCGUCAUCAAGGUUCCCUCCAACAAGGAGAACGAGGUCCGCAGCGAGGUCAAGAGCGAGCGGGUGGGCGUUGACAUGUUCGGUCGUGUCAUCCGUCGGGGUUUCGAGCAGGCUGCCUGA